CAACUGACGAACUGUCGUCACUCCUAACUUAGCGAGGGGUCAAGUCGGAUCUUUUUGUUUGCUCUUGAAUUUUAAAGUUUACUUUUUUUUAUCUCUACGUAUAUAUGUAUAUGUAUAUUUAUAUGGAUAUAAAUCGAUAUAUUAAUUAAUUAAAAAAUUAAUAAAAUACUUAAUAAUAAAUUGCAAUCGCAAAAAAAUUAAUUAAUCGGAAAUUAAAAUAAUUAUAUAAUAAUGAAGAAUAUUUUGUUAGGGAUUUGUAUUUUUAUUCCAUCAGUUUUUUGCGGGACGCGACCCAGUUUCGUGUCUGAUGAUGUGAUAGGAUUUGCGGCGAGUGGAGUUAAUGCAUGUCAAAGACAAACAGGCGUGGCUACUGCGGACAUUGAAGCUGUACGGAAUGGACAGUGGCCAGAGUCUCGUCAAUUAAAAUGUUACAUGUACUGUCUUUGGGAACAAUUUGGAUUAAUCGAUGAAAAAGGCGAAUUAAGUCUAAACGGAAUGUUGACAUUUUUUCAAAGAAUACCAGCCUACAGAGUUGAAGUUCAAAAAGCUAUUCGCGAAUGCAAGAGUAUCGGUGAAUAUUUAGCGAAUGGAGAUAAUUGUCAAUACGCAUUUACAUUUAAUAUGUGUUAUGCGGAAGUAUCACCAAAGACGUAUUACUUAUUUUAAAUUCUGUAAUUACUGAAGAAGAGAAUUAUAUAAUUAUGAAUAAUUAAAUUUUUAUCUAAAUAAAACAAUAAUAUUGAAACUCAAUCGAUUAAAUUUGCGGUUUAAUAACAGGAAGAAUAUUGUGCAACUAUAAUUGUUUUACUUGGAGUAAAUAAACGUGAUUAGAUUUUUUUUCAUACUGCUAUUGAAUAAUAUACGAAUUAAUCAUUUCUAGAGUUUUUUUUUAUUGUAAUUGAAUAAUACGAAAAUAUUUUUCUUUAUUAAGGAUAAGUUAAUUUAUGCUAAUAAAAAUAAUGAUUUAUAAAGCAAUAUAAUAAAAAAAAUAUUAUUAAUCUUCAGCGUUGUGUUAAUGAUAACUUUAAUGUGAUUUUAUAAUUAAAUACGUUUUAUAGAAUCAAAACAAGUAAUAAUUGUAUCAAUUGUAAUUAUUUUAAUGAGUAAUAAAAAUU